AAAUAACCAACCACGAGCCAGGGGGAAGUAAGAGUUAGAGGGGAGGAGGUGGCAGUUCUAAUAAAAUAAUGCUAGGUUGGGAUAGGGGACCGGGCGAUGGGGCUGAGGAUUUGAUUUUUCCAUCAUCUGGCUGCCGAGAGAUGAACGGUGGAUUUAAAUGGAGCUUUCUAUGGUUUUAAAGGAGUAAGGACUUCUGCACUGCUAUAAUGGCCUUUACAGAAGUAGAGACGGUGAGGGACUGCUGUAGUAGUUUGCGGAGAGUGCUGCAGUUGAGGCUCCAGCAGAGACGCACCCGAGAGCAGCUGGUGGAUCAGGGCAUCAUGCCGCCUCUGAAGAGUCCAGCCGCUUUCCACGGACAGAUCCGCAGUCUGGAGAGGGCCAGGACGGAGAACUUUCUGAAGCACAAAAUCCGCAGUCGUCCGGAGAGGGCAGAGCUGGUCAGAAUGCACAUCCUCCAAGAAACCGGAGCAGAGCCGUCAUUACAAGCCACUCAGAUGAAGUUGAAGCGCGCUCGCCUGGCCGACAACCUGAAUGAGAAGAUUGCCCAGAGACCAGGGCCCAUGGAGCUGGUGGAGAAGAACAUUCUGCCCGUGGACUCCACCCUCAAACAAGCCAUCAUAGUGGGGCAGGUGAACUAUCCCAAAGUACUGGACGAGGACAGCAGCGACGCCCUGUCCCCCGAGCAGCCGGCCAGCCAGGAGUCCCAGAGCUCCGUGCCGUCACCGGGGGACAGCCGGCCACCAGAGACGCCCUCCGUGGUCCAAACAGCGCCACAGCUCCCAACCACCAUCCUCCAGGCGGUCCCGGUGAGCACUCCAACGACAACGGACUUCAUCAAAGUGCUCUCCACCAAUGAGCAGGCUCCCCCAGCUGUCACACAGUCCCCGCCCGCCACCAUUACCCUGCCCACCAAACAAGGGUUCACGCUCAUCAAGCAAAGCCAGCAGAAAACCGGUUCGGACAAAAGCCGCAAUAAGAAAUCCAAAGAGCCCAAGUCCCGCGUGAAGAAGCUCAAGUACCACCAGUACGUCCCUCCGGACCAGAAGCAGGAGAGCGCCGAGGCCCACAUGGACUCCUCCUACGCCCGCCUGCUCCAGCAACAACAACUGUUCCUCCAACUGCAGAUCCUCAGCCAGCAACAACAGCACUACAACUACCAGACCAUCCUGCCCGCCCCACUCAAGCCUGUGGCAGAGGGUCAGGGCGCCAGCACGAACAGCCUGCCCACCUCCAUCGUCGUGUCUCUGCCCACCGCCCCGCCUCCGCCCCCACUGCCCCCCGCCCGGCCCGUCAACAUGCUGACCAACCGCAGGCCUGGAGUUCUGCCCGCCAACCUGGAGGAGAUGAAGGUGGCUGAACUGAAGAUGGAGCUAAAACUUCGCGGCCUGCCCGUGUCCGGCACCAAGACCGACCUGAUCGAGCGACUCAAACCCUUCCAGGACAGCCCCGCACCUGUCCCCGCCCCCGCCCUCGCCUCUGUACCCUCCACCACCGCUUUAACCGCCGUUCCCAUGGAGAUCGCCACUACCGCCACCACCACCUCCGCCGCCCCGACCAUCAUUCUCCCCGCCCAGCAAGCAUCACCCAACGACCCCACGAUGCCCACCCCUCCCGUGUCGCCCAUCCCGCAGGACGUCGGCAUGCCGGACGCACCCGCCGAAACGCCGCAGCCCCCUCGCGUCCCGGAGGAGAAGGACAGGCGGCUGCACGAGAAGGAGCGCCAAAUCGAGGAGUUGAUGCGGAAGCUGGAGCAGGAGCAGAAACUGGUGGAGGAGCUCAAAAUGCAGCUGGAGGUGGAGAAGAAAGGCGGGAUGAGUUCGGACCCCAGCGUCAAACAGGAAGCGAACAAUAUUUUUUCCAACUGCACGACUGUCCCGAAUUCGAUCGUCAACACAUCGCAAAUAACUUCCAACGCUAUCAAAAACGAAGGUGCUAUUUCACCAAACUGCCUAUCCACCGCGUCCAGUUCGAUUUUAGGCUCCCAGAUUACCGCGCCCCUACCCACCAUGGUCAAACUGGAAGAUGUGACGGUUUCGUCCGGGAAGCCGCUCCAAAUUCAGAGCCAGUUGGUGACGCAAAGGAGUCCCAAGCUCCAAAACAGGCCACUGAAUCAGCAGGCAACCCCAGGCUUACAGCAGUUCUUCAUCAGUCACUCAGGGGGGGUGUCUCAAGUGCUGGGGCAGCCUCAGACCCUCCUCACGGCCGCGGGACAAGCUGGAGCACAGAUCCUGGUGCCCGUGUCCCUGCCCAACAACGCCAUCCAGCUGCCCACUACCACAGUCAGCCUGCAGCCGGUUCAACUCCAGGCGGCCGUGUCAAACCCUGCCCCAGCUCGUGUCCAGACCUCUGUGCCUCAGCUACAGAGCGCUAAGAUGGAUGCCACCCCCACACCACUGCUGCAGACCCUGACCAUGUGCAAUAACAACAGUGGUUUGGAGAGUCAGACCCGAGCAGACCUGAGCCCCCAGUGUUUUCUGAGGACCUCCCCAGACCCCAGGGUGUCUCCUCGAGCCUCCCCCAACCAUCACAUCUCCAACGGACCCCUCAGCAAGUCACCGGUCCAGUCUUCCUCUCCGGGGCAGCCUACAUUCAUCCUGCAGCCCGCCCCUCUGCUUCCUCCGCCCCCCAAGAGCCGAGAGCCGCCCCGCUACGAGGAUGCUGUCAAGCAGAGCCGUAACCUGCUGACCAACCACUGCUCACAGGUUUCCACGGCAACAAGCCAGCAAAUGGAUGAUUUAUUCGACAUCCUUAUUGAGAGUGGAGAAAUCGCUCCAUUCACACAGCAGGAGACCCCUAUGCCGGUGAAUAAGGCUCUGCCAGUCACCGCUCACAUCAGCACUCUCCCAGUCAACACGGUCCUGUCCAGACCGCCCCCUCAGGUGCAGCUGGCCCCUGCCCCGGGCCUGGCCACGCUGGGGGACCCCUCUCUGAGCUCUCUGAGGGGACCCUCUCCUCUGUCCCUGAGCUCAGAGCAGCAGCUGGAGGCUCUGCUGGAGGGCACACUAUCAGACAGCUCCCCCGCAGACCCGCGCACACAGGGCCUGAUGGAGGAGCUGCAGGCUCAGCUCAUGGAGCAACAGCCCUUCUCUCCCAUGGACACAUCCGAGCUGUCCUUUUCCUCAUCACCCCCCUCCUCUCUGCACAUGGGUCUGUCUGACCCCGCCCUGGACAACAUGGAGUGGUUAGACCUGACCAUGCCCCCUGGUCCCGGACCGCUCACCCCCCUCACCAUCCCCUCCGACUUCCUGGACUCCCACGACCUGCAGCUGCACUGGGACUGAGCUGUUCAGAGCCCCUCUCACAAGCAGCAGUUUGCACAGCUCUAAGACGGCUCACGCUGGGCUUGAGGAUUUUAGAGGAAUAGGAAUCCAUUUUAAAAGACGAUCAUCUACAGAGAAUGAGCCAAACCACCACUACGAGACUCUUGUGAGCCCCGCACAUGGGUCUGUACUGAACUACUGGACCAGUCUGAGGCUGUGUGCCAUAGCAUGUGUGCAGACUAUACAUUUCAUUAAGCAAAUCAAGCUGCACAAUGUAACACAAACCUCUGGAUUCCACCAGGUAAACAAACUCUCUCAGACAGGUGCAUUACUACAUGUGUUUAAACACACUCUGCUCACUCAUGUACAUCCGCAACAAUUGAUGUUCGAUUGUAAAUAAGACUCAGAGCUGCCACACGGAGCUGGUGGAAUCCAGGAGUUGGACAGGACCAAUUCUCUUUCUCUAUCAAAGCCACGCACAUGUAGUCCAGUGUGCAGAAUAUCCUGUCACAUAACUGUCGAGUGACCUAUAGUGACCCCAGGGUCCAGCUGAUCAACCAAUGACUUUAAAGAGCCUGGACGUUAUCCAGACGACAAGAGGAGUUUCUCCUCGUAUUGAGUGAGCUAUGCACUAAACCACCUCACAAUACUGAAAUGUGAAGCAUAUCCAACAGCAUCCAACCAUGUGAUCAAACUGAUGUGAUCGACUUUAUGUGGCCAAUGCUCCAGUCUAUUUGAAUGUAUCAAGUAACUAAAAUACUUUUACUGUCGGCAGCUUUUCUGAGGGCCUCAGAGGAAAGGGAACAAACACAGACAUGUGUGUGUGCUGCUCAUCAUGGACAUGAACAGAGCUCAGCUCUGCUGUGGACACUGGCCUUGUCCUGCUUUGUCACUUACUGGGACUGCAUGUUGUCAAAUAGUAAAUAUAUAAAUUGCCUUUACAGCACAUACUUAAACCUGAAGGUUUUGUGCAGAUUUCCACACUAAGGAGUGACACUGAAAUGCAGUACGGUCCCUCUGAAAACAAAGCCAGGAAAAAGGGAGUGUUUGAGCACAUGGGCUAGUGUGAGCGAGCUAGCAUGAUUACAUGUGUCUAUAAAUGUGUAUCCGUGUGCAGUGGUCUCUGUCUUCUGCAUGUCCUGUGAGUCUACUCUGUGUGCAUGACUGUUUGAUAUGAGGCUGCUUUGUGCUCCUCAAGACUGUUUAUCUGUCCCACUGUCACACGCACAGUGAACAAAGAGGGCUACGCUCCUUUUCAAACACACAUCCAAGUAUAUCUUACAUCCCAACAAUGCAUCAUAUCAUUCUACUGUACACAACACAACGCACUGGCUGCACAGCAUUCUCUUGUCUUCUGUAAAAUCAUUUAAACAGAUAAAAAGUAAACCAAAAUAUAUUCAACAAUAUGAAUGUCACAUUAAAUUCUAGUGUUUUGUUAGAAGAAAUAUCAUAAUUUUUUUUCACAAUUAUGACACAAUGACCAAAUCAUUUUAAAUCAAUAAUUCAUUUUCAUUUGCACAUUCAUAGAUGCACAUUCUUCAAUCAAACUUUCUGAAUUAAAGAAGUAAUAUUAAUGUGAUAUAAGGCACUUUACAUUUGCAUACACGUUUUGGAUAUAUUUCAAAGUUAAAUUUAAUUCUAAAAUGUUGUAAUGUAAUUUGAACCCUAUAUUAUGUCACUUUCAAAGGUGCACAUUUCCAGAUCAGGAACAUUCUAAUGUAACAUUUGUUUUAAAGGGCCCAUAUUACACUAUUUUCUCAUCUGUGUUAUAAUGUUCCUUUCUCAUCAAAAGUAAACCUAGAGUUGCGUUUUGUUUCAUUCACACAUGUUUAACAAACAAACCCUGCAGAUUUUUCUCUCAAACAAUAAACUCUUACACCUUGUGAUGUCAUGUGGUAAUACAGGAAGUGCUCCACCGUGUUUAUCAACACUUUCACUAAAAUCAUUUGGAUGAUUUCAGCCCUAGAAUUGUCAAUCUCUACUGAACAAAAGGUGAAAAAGGUGGAAGGUGGAACAGAGCAUUUUGAGCUUUGGAGAUGUAGACAGACUAAUAAAAAAGGAUCCAUGUGUGAACGAAACAAAACACAUUCCCAUGUAUGUUUUUGAUGAGGUAACAGCUUUAUAACAUGGCUUAAAGCUCAUAAAAAUCUAUUCUGUGUAAUAUAAGACCUUUAAAUUUAAACCUCUUAUUUGUGACCACUUCUGUUUUCAGGCAUUAGGGGGCGCUAGUUCUCACCACAGCUCACAUACCAUAUUUUGCGUGCCACUUUAGGCUCAGUUGAAUCCAUGCUAGCUGAUAUGUAUUCACUUCAGCAAUAAUUACAGCAAAAAAAAAUGUCAAAAAUGUUCAAAUCAGCGCCAAAAACUAGGCAGACUACUUUUAGCUUUUGUGUUGUGCGUUUUGUUUCAUUGUUGUUGUUGUUCAUAUCUUAGGAAAUCGUUUUUGAUAUCCGUUGCCAAAAGCAGGCCUUGAAAUGUAAUCUCACAUUUUGUUUUCGUAAUGUUUUUAGCGUUCACAAUUGUUGCUUCUGUACAAAGAGCGGUGUCACGUGUAUCUGUUUGCUUGUGGUUUUGAAUUAUUAUGAUUUUAGAUGUAUCCAAACCACAGAAAGUGUAUUGUCAAUGAUCACUCACCCUUGGACUGUGGUUAAGAAUGGGGCAGGGACAGCUCAUUGCAAUAACAGUGGUGGAAGAAGUACUCAGUUUUGGUACUUAAGUAAAAGUACAGCUUUAGGAACAAAAAUGAUCACAUGAUAGAUCUACUUAAAGGUGUAACUUUUUGGUAGGCUGUUUGUCACCUGCUUGUUUCUGUGGAUAUGUCAUUGCUCUGCCUGGAAUGUUCCACAGUAUGACAGCUCUGCCUUACAUUUAUUCAAUUACAGGUGGCUUUAUAGCUCAAAAAUACCCAGAAAAACAGGCGUUCUGUGAGUGGGUUGCCUCUCCACGGAUCUGGCCUGUAAAUUGGCCUGGUUUAGUCUCCAUGAAGAUAGAAAGGUUUAAUAUCAUACUGUGAAAUAUUCCAGACAAAGCAAUAACAGCUUCAUGAUAAAAAGCAUCUGACAGACCCUCCACUAGAAAAGUUACACAAUGCACCUUUAAAGCCACAGAAACUUGUGUUGAUUGCACUGAAAAAUAUGUAGCCUUACUCUGAGCGCGCUCGCAUCUCCACAAACCUGACUCUUAUUUGGAAAUGCUCUUUUGGUUAUAAUAGUCAACCAUGUGGUGUAUCUGUCUUCAUGGAGAAUGUUCCGAAGUGUAGUUUUAACUUUGUUUAAAUGCCACAAAGUUACACACCGCACCUUUAAGUGAAAGCACUGAAGUAGGUAAAAGUAUUCCAGACAUAUUUUGAAACUGCUAUGUUAAAUGUAGUGAUAACCCUAACAACUAGAUUUUUUUAACAUAAUAUAAUAUGUUUAAAUCUGAGACUUGAACUCAAAACCUUUAGUCAGGAUGUUCCCAUGGAGAUACUGAAAUAACCCAUUGAACAUUAUGAAAAGUACUAUACUUUUCAAUCUAAGUACACUAAAUUACAAAGUAUAAAUACCUGCUCUUAAAUGUAGUGAAUUAAAAGUUAAAUAUCCACUGUAAAAUGUACUUUAAGUAAAGUACAGAUACCUAAAAAUGUUACUUUUACUGUGUACUUUGUUACUCUCCACCACUGAAUAAUGCUGCUCUCUUUGAUAAACUGUACUGUCAGAUACUGCCUUGGUUUUAUCCUGUGUUGUUUUUAUAUCAAUGCUCCUUUGUAUCGCGGUCAAAGGACUUCAUAUUGUCUAGAUAAAACUACAUGGGACAGGAAGUGGCAGCUGCAGUCUCAGACCAGUACAUUUUUAGCAGACUCCGCUCCCAUAUGUAUACAGUACAUGUGGGGGGUGUAGUACAUGGAUCUAUACGGUCUUCUUAUACUCCCAUGGUAAAGUAUCAGCAGCAGUUAGCAUCCGUACAGUAGUAGUUGGUGGUAGCCCUCUGUAUCUCGCGCUCAUGCCACGCCUCUUGUUGUUUGUAUGCCAUAUGUUUUGCACAUUGUGUACAUAUUUCUAUAGAUGUAAUGCAUAUUUUUAUACAUGUGAAACAUCCAUGGCUCUCUAUUUUGUACAUACUCUAAAAGAUGUAUAUAAUAAGUACUGUAUGCCUUUAUGUGACAAUAAAUCAUUUGGUGUACUGUGA